AUGCACGUGUACAUGGCUGUGUCUAAAAGCGCCGGCACUCUGCGGGACCUUCAGCUGGCUCUGCAGCUGAAGAUCGAGGAGCUCCGGCAGAGAGACGCUCUCAUCGAUGAGCUGGAGCUGGAGCUGGACACGAAGGAUGAUCUGAUCAGACAGCUGCAGAUAGAGCUGGACAGGCAUCGCAGCGCCUCACAGCACGCAGCCAGCUCUGCAGAGACGGCAAACACAGAAGGAGCAGCAGCUCAGACUCCGGCAGGACCUGAUGAACCUCAGCGCACCAAGAGACAGGCCAUCUCAGCUGAGCCCACAGCGCUGGACCCCUCCCAGCUCACCGACGUCACCCUCACCAGCUACUGCAAGACAAAAGAGUCCAGUGAGCUGAUCCAGAGGGCUCUAAUGGACAACGACUUCAUGAAGCAUCUGGAGCACGGGCAGAUCCUCACCAUCAUGGACUGUAUGUAUCCAACCAGCCUGGCCAAAGGCUGCUGCGUGAUCCAGGAGGGAGACGACGGCUCCACCGUCUACGUUCUGGAGGAGGGGAUGGUGGAGGUCACCAAACAAGGGAAGAGUCUGUGCAGCAUCGGUCCUGGAAAGGUGUUUGGAGAACUUGCCAUCCUGUACAACUGCACCCGCACAGCUACUGUAACAGCCCUCACUGACAUCAAGCUCUGGGCGAUCGACAGACUGGGUUUCCAGACCAUCAUGAUGAGGACUGGUCUCAUCAAACACUCCCAGUACACAGAUUUCCUGCGCAGUGUUCCCUCGUUUCAGUCUCUACCUGAGGACGUUCUCAGUAAGCUGGCUGAUGUUUUGGAGGAGACUCAUUACAGUGACGGUGAUUACAUUAUCCGUCAGGGAGCCACCGGAGACACAUUCUUCAUCAUCAGUGAAGGACAGGUGAGAGUCUCUCAGCAGAACUCCGCCAGUGACGAGCAGGUGACUGAGAAGACUCUUUCCAAAGGGGAAUGGUUUGGAGAGCAGGCUCUGAAAGGUGAGGAUGUUCGGACAGCCAGUGUCACCGCGGUGGGAGACGUCACGUGUCUGGUCAUAGACAGAGAGUCUUUCAAACAGCUGAUUGGAGGACUGGAUGAUGUCAGCAUCAAGCAGCACGACAGUGACGAGGUCAAAGCGAAGCUGCAGGCGGAGGUAGAUUUCUUCUCCAGUGUCUCCCUUAGUGAUUUCAACAUCAUCUGCACCCUGGGGAUGGGCGGCUUCAGUCGUGUGGAGCUGGUGCAACUAAAGAACAACCCCGAUCGAUCUUUUGCCCUCAAAGUGUUGAAGAAACGUCACAUCCUGGACACCAGCCAGCAGGGCCACAUCCUGUCAGAGCGCCGCAUCAUGACGGAGGCUCACAGUCCUUUCAUCAUCAGGUUGUACCGGACUUUCAGGGACUCCAAAUAUCUGUACAUGCUGCUGGAGGCCUGCCUGGGAGGAGAACUGUGGACACUGCUGAGAGACAGGGGUUCGUUCGAUGACAGCACCACUCGGUUUUACACGGGCUGUGUCAUCGAGGCUCUGGCCUUCCUGCACUCCAGAGGAAUCAUCUACAGAGACCUCAAACCCGAGAACAUCAUCCUGGACCACCGAGGAUACGCCAAGCUGGUGGACUUUGGCUUUGCUAAGAAGGUGGGUCUGGGUAAGAAGACGUGGACAUUCUGUGGGACUCCGGAGUACGUGGCCCCUGAGAUCAUCCUGAACAAAGGCCACGACAGCUCGGCUGACUGCUGGUCUCUGGGAAUACUGGUGUUUGAGCUGCUCAGUGGCAGUCCUCCGUUUUCGGGCUCUGAUCCCAUGAAGACCUAUAACAUCAUCCUGAGAGGCAUCGACAUGAUCGAGUUCCCUAAAAAAAUCACCAAGAGCGCCGCUAACCUCAUCAAACGACUCUGCAGGGACAAUCCUUCAGAGAGGCUGGGGAAUCAAAAAAAUGGAGUGAAGGACAUCCAGAAACACAAGUGGUUUGAGGGUUUCAACUGGGACGGCCUCCGCCAGGGAACCAUGGACUCUCCGUUCACACCCAUGGUGGACGGACCACUGGACAACAGCAACUUUGACUAUUUCCCAGAGGACACGGACGGCCCUCCCCCAGAUGAAGAGUCCGGCUGGGACCUUGAGUUUUAA